AAAAUCAACACAGUUGGCGAGUACGCAGUUCCGUCUUAUGAUGCUGAUCUGUGAAACGGGAUGUGGCUUCAGUGACACGCUGGCUCAGUAGACUUUGUCACAGCGGGUUUCUGUCUCGUGAUUUGUUGAACCCGUCGGCGAGUGUGGAAAGAGCCUUUGUAAAGAGGUGAAAAGCCAUGAAGCGGAUCGGCACCGGAACCGCGACAGUCGGGGACCUUUGUCGCCGCGACGAAGCGCCGGAGCCGCCGAUGGAGCGGCAAGCCCGAAGAGUGCGCCUGAAGCCGUGGCUGGUGGCUCAAGUGGACAGCGGCCGCUUCCCCGAUCUCGGCUGGAUCGAUCCCGAGCGCAGGUUCUUCCGGAUCCCCUGGGAACACGCCACGCGCGCCGCCCCUGCAUCUCAAGGCGAAAACACCAUCUUCAAGGCAUGGGCUCUGGAAACGGGAAAGUUCCAGGAAGGUGUGGACGAUCCCAACCCGGCCAAGUGGAAAGCAAACCUGCGCUGCGCGCUGAACAAAAGUAAAGAGUUUGAGCUCAAGUUCGAUGGCACCAAAGAGACGCCGCUUCAACCUUAUAAAAUUUACCACGUCGUUAACACAGACACCGCCGAUGACGAGAUGCCUAAUCUGACGGAGCUGACGAUCGAUUCCGACGUCGGCGACUCGGGCGCUCUGGCGGCCCUCCCGGCUCCGUGUGGCGAUCCGAAGCAGCGGUCAGGCGUCCCCGCCCUGACCUCUGAGCUCCGUCUGCGGGAUUCCCAAAUGUCGGAUCGGGUCAGCUUCGAUCACCCGGAGGCGGGCGCCGUCGCCCGGGCCCCCGCGGAACUGCUCGGUAGCAUCCCGUCGACAGAUCUGGACCUGAAGUUUCAGUACCGCGGCCGGCCGGCGGGUUCUCUGACCGUCAGCGACCCUCGGGGCUGCCGGCUGUUCUACGGACAGCUGGGACCGGACCCGUGGCAGGUGGACCUUUUCGGACCGGUGGACCUGCAGCAAGUCCUGUUUCCGGACCCUUCCGAGAUCCCCGGCCAGAAGCAGCGCGUGUUCACGGAAGCCCUGCUGAACGUGAUGGAUCGAGGGCUGGUCCUGGAAAUCUGGGAGCAGGACAUCUACGCCGUCCGCCUCUGUCAGUGCAAGGUAUUCUGGUCCGGGCCGGGCGUGCCCCACGGGGGCCUGCCCAAUCAGCUGGAGAGGGAGAAGAGGGUCAAAAUCUUCAGCCUGAAUGACUUCCUACAAGGACUGAUCUCGUACCAGAAAGGCGAAGUUCAGAGCGUUCCCCCUUACGAGAUCUGCUUCUGCUUUGGGGAGGACUGGCCUGAUACCAAACCCAAAGAGAAGAAACUUAUUGUGGUGCAGGUGGUUCCGGUGGUGGCACGGAUUCUAACAGAGAUGUUCUCGGGAGAGCACAGCUGGUCCAUUGACAGCAUCCGACUCCAGAUUUCCAACCCGGAUGUGAAGGACCAGACAGUGGAGCAGUUUAAAGAGCUCCAGAGACUCCUCCAGAAUCAAAAUAUCCAAGUGUCCUGAGGCGUCGCCAUUCCCUCCGAGCCGCCGUGGGCCAGAGAACAUUUGGAAGCAGACUUCCGCAGCGCGCUUGUUUGCGUGCUAACGCGCCGCUAAUAUUAAACUUUGGAUUCCAAGGUGCGUGUGUAAAUCUGCUGCUAAAAUGUCUGUUUUGUCCAACUCGUCAACAACACGGAGCACUUCGAACCCGUCCGUACGCACGCACGCCAAUCUGCUAGGUUGCACUCUAACCUGCUCAGAAUUUUCCACAGACGUCCAAGCAGCCAAGCUGGCCAAACGACAUUGACGUCAUCGUGGCGUGCAACUGGCACGCGAGGAAAAAAAAAAGAAAAAGACAUUGUCAUUGCAGCAAAGUGUGUACAUUUGAUGCCUCGCACGCACAAGUUGCACUUGAUACAUUCAAAGAAUGGGGGUGUAAAAAAACAAUAAAUCUCGCGUUUUUCUCUGCUUAACCCUACAUUGCCAAAUGUAUCAAUUUUGAUACAAAGGUUUCUGGACCUCAUUGCAUUGUCGCACAAUAAAAAACAGAUUGCAGAUUGAACACAAUAAGGUUUUAAACUUUUAUUCAUUUUUAUUGACCACGGGAACUGCAUGUAAUGCUUGCUUAGGUUUCAUUUAGGGUUCAAAUGAGAAAACUUAUGCAUAUUAUUUUUUUAAGAAAUGUGUUUUAUUAUGUUUAGGGACCACAUAAACUCCAUAAAGCUUUAAAAAAAAAAACAAAAAAAAACAAAUCUGAAUUUUCUGCUCAUCAUUUCUGGGGUCAGGCGUUGUAGGAUUAUAGAUGUUAGGUAUGUAAAUGUCUUUGAAUGUAUAGUCUUGAAUUGAUAUUGAUAGAUGCAGCUAUUUAAAAAAGGCCAGAAAUGUCUAUGCCUAGACCUUGAAGGAUAAUGUGAAGGCAGGGCCGGCCCAGGCCAUCUGGGGGCCCUAAGCAAAAUAAUGCAAAGGGGCCCAUAUUUUUGGCCCACCAUUUUGUCACAGUGUACUGUGAAACCCAUACAUGCAAUCCAACCCAUACUUCCAUAUUUUGUAUAUUAAUCAGAUUUUGUUGCACUGCAUACUUCAUAUUAAUCAGAUUUUGUUGCACUGCAUACUUCAAACUUCUCACCCCAAAUGAUUGUCAGUACUUACAGUAGCUAGCGCCAAACGUUUUUCUAAAAGAGGAAAGAAAAGUUAAGGAAGAACUUUUAUUUUUUGAAGAUUGUAAUCAAGUAUCAAAACUCACAAAAGUCAAAUAAAGCAAACGGUAGUAAACAAAAUAGAAUAUAAAUUUAAAAAUAGCCAGAUUGGGGGCCCCCUAGUGGUCAGGGGCCCUAAGCAGCUGAAUAGUCUGCGUAUUGGCUGGGCCGGCCCUGUGUAAAGGGGAAUCAUCCUCCGACGAUGUUUUCGUUCAUGACUGCGUCAUACUCCCGUCUUUCCAUCUGAAUGGAAUUCCAAAUAAAAUGAAUUGGUUUUGCCAG